ACGUUUAUUGUUUUGAUUUUUUUUAUUCUUUGAAUACGAAAUAUGAUCGUUGAAAAAAUUCGUUUUUAAAAAAUAACCUGAAAAUGGAUUCUUCUCAAGAUGAUUUUGUUUUACCACCGAUUAAUGAUCAAAAAUGUGAAGAAUUAUUUGAUAAACUAUUCGAUAAAAAUAACAAUGAUAAUGAUGAACAUUUAAAUGUGAAAAAACCGAUUCGAACAUAUCAAAAAGUGAAACCGAAAUUCGUUCGAUUCCUUGAUGACGUUGACGAUAAUGAUGAUGAUGACGAUGAUAAUGACGAUGAUGAUUUUCACAGCGAAGAUGAUCCAGAAUCUUUAGACGAAAAUCAUGAACCAUUAUUCAAUGACAAUGAAAAUGGUAAAAAAAAGAAACGAAAAACCGUACGGAAAAAGAAAUUAGCCUAUCCAAAUGUUUCGAAAGAUGCCGUUCUUGAAGCAUUCCAGAAAGCUAUCGAAUCCAAAGAAUUACCAGAUUUUGAUGAAAUUGAAAAAUUUCCAUUAGAAAUUCGAACCAUUGCCGAACAAAAAGAACAAAAGAAAAGGCAACGAAAAUCAAUACGACAACCAAUCAAGAAGCCGAAAGUCCAAAAGAAAUCGAUUUCUAAGGUUGAUCAAAAUCAAGAGAAUGUUAUUGCCAACGAAAACAUUCAUCCACGUCGAAGUACUCGUUCAAGAAAAUCAAAUAUUUUGAUUGAACGAAAUGUCAACAAAACAGAAUGUAUACCAACCAAUGAAGAAAAAAAUUGUAAAAAAGAUUUGUUCAAUCUAGAUGAAUCCUGCAUAUCUCCUAUUUCUCAUCACAAAAAUAGCCGAAAAUCUGAAAAAUUAAUCGACAAAAAUGAUUUAACCCAAAGAAAAACUACAGCAAUCAAAAGUAGUACACCAUUUAAUUCGACAAGAAGUCGUACAUUAGGGAAAAGACGAGUGGCUUCAAAAUAUCGAUUCUCUCCAAAUUCAAAAAUUGAUUUACCAUCAUCAUCAUCAUCAUAGUUUUUUAAAUCGUCAUUUUUUUAUAAUGAUUAUUUUUAUCUUACGUAUUAUUAUCUCAUCAUUUUUUUAUUUAUCUCGAUUUCAUACACCAAGCUCUUUGACUAAAAAAAAUUUCUGUAAAUAAAUUAUAAAUUUAAAAAAUUAAUAAAAAUCAGUCCAAUUU